CAACAACGAAGAAAGGCGGCAGUGGCAUGGGCGCCAGUGGAUCGACGCACUGCUGUACGUCCGCAGACGCAGUAGCGCUCGCGGACCCACUCGUCGACAGCAAGGAUACCUCGAACGAGCGGCCCGACGUCGAGCUACCCGUCGCUGCGGCGUCGGCGCUGCCCGUCAUAGCGGCGUCCGAGCUCACGGUACUGGGCACGAUUGGCGACGGCGGUCGCGGGCCUGUGGUACGAGCUGAUUUCCGCGGCCGCGCCGUCGCCGUGCGCACGCUGGACGAAAAGCUCUCGGACGAGUUUUGUCGCUACGCACUCAAGGUGCACAGACUCGGCUCAAGCUACAUCGUCGCCCUUGUCGGCGUUACGAACCCGCUCUCGAGCACGCCAUGGCUCGUGACUGAGUUCAUGGACGGUGGCUCGGUCGAGCAGCUUGUCGAGCGAAAGCGCCGCGCGAACAAGGAACGGCCAGCAUUGGACCCGUCACUUGUGAGCAUUGCCGUCGCUGUAGCCGAUGGCCUCACCGAGCUCCAUGGCAUCCACUUGGUCUACGAGCACCUCCAACCGCGAAACGUGCUCCUUAACAGCAAAGGCGACAUCAAACUCUCGGACGUGACGUUAGGUUUAGAUGCCUCGUGCGCGACGAUGACCAUGUGCACCAACAAAAGCGAGUCCUUCUUCUGGGCGCCUGAGAUCUUGACCUGCGAGAUCGACGCGGCGACCAGUGCCGCCAACGUCUAUUCACUGGGCGUUCUCCUUGUCGAGCUCUCGACAUGGGAGCCGCCGUACACCGAAGCGUUCCGCCAAGGGCUCACGUACAUGCGAAUUCAAAUAGCCAUUGCCAACGGCGACCCGUAA